AGUUGAGAGAGAAUAGGAGUGAGAAUGAAAAUUGGGAGGAGGGAUUAUCGUAUAGUGUUGGUGGAUAAGAUGAAAGAUGUGACGGUUAAGAUGAAAGGAGGUAUAUGGACGCGUCCUAAUUGGGCGGCUCUGAAGACGCGCGAAGCAAAGCAGUUUGGGCAAUGAUGCCAGGGAAAACGGAAAGGAUGAAUGGUUGUUAAGUUGAGUUGAGGUGUUGUUUUGUGAAUUUGCCAUCUCCAUCUCUUCCUGAGGAUCCAAGCUUGCAACAUCAUCAUCUAGGUGCGUCUGAAACCCUAACACUGCCUUUAAGCAUGAUGCCUCUUCUCCUCCUUCUCCUCCUCCUUCUUCACCCGGAUGAUCUCUAGAAUGAAUCAAGCAUGAAGAGUCAACCUCCUCCUCCUCAAACACACAGCUUCUUAAGAUUCAAAUGUCCCCAUCACAAGGACGGCAAUAUGAGGAGCUUCUAUGAGCUCUCCUUGUCCUUGCUCUUAUCCCUUUGGUGUUUCCUUUUUCUCUUCUACUCUAAGCCUGGCCUUGGUCAUGCAAAUGGAGGGAAGUUGCCUCCUGACAACAGAAGCCGACCUUGGCCAAUUUUUUCCCUCAUCAGUGAUCAGAUAAGCAACCUUGCAUAUUCCUAUGUUACUAAUCGAAGCUAUGUUUACGAAAAUGCAGCUCUAUUUGAGUUUAAUGGGCCAUCUAGCUCCAACAAACCCAGAAGUGCAAAUCAGAAACCUGCAAAACCCAUGUAUUCACUUCCUGAAAAAACUACGUUAGAGCAAGUGUUUCGGAAAGUUUUAGGUAAUUCUGCUUUGGUUUGUAAUCUACGGCCCCUGGAAGACAUAAAACUGAGACCAGAACAAGCUUCUGAUGUGCAAGAUCAUCCAUCAUAUCUGGAUUAUGAUGAAUUUCGAAACGCAACAGGACAGGGAGAAGGUAAUACCAUGCAACCAAAGCUUCUUAACAACACCCGACGACUUGAACCUGAUGGAUCAGAGUUCAACUUUGCCUCGGAAUCCAAAGGUGCAAAGGUGGUGGCUCAUAAUAAGGAGGCAAAAGGUGCAAGUAAUAUACUAGGGAAGGAUCAUGACAAGUACCUGAGAAAUCCUUGUUCUGUGGCAGCAAAGUUUGUUGUGAUUGAGCUUGCAGAAGAGACUCUGGUUGACUCCGUGAAAAUUGCAAACUUUGAGCAUUAUUCUUCCAAUUUCAAGGAAUUUGAAUUGUCUGGAUGUUUGAGUUAUCCAAGUGAAUCAUGGGACCUGCUGGGAAACUUCGUUGCAACUAAUGUGAAGCAGGCGCAGAUAUUUACGCUGCCUGAACCCAAAUGGGUGAGGUAUUUAAACUUGAGUUUGUUUAGUCAUUAUGGCUCAGAGUUUUACUGUACACUGAGUGUGGUGGAAGUUUAUGGGAUUAAUGCGAUGGAGAGGAUGCUUGAGGAUCUAAUUGUAGCCACGGGGGUGUCUGUUCCUAACAAGUUGCCAGAGCACAAUUCCAGUGAUAUCCUUUCAUUAAAGCCAGAAGGUGGUCAAAUUGAUGGAAAAGGGAAAGAAAUUGAAAGUGAGAAAGAUGGUAUGGCCGCUGAGACCUUAAGCAACGACACUCAGAAGCUUGAGGAAGGAGUGAUAAAAAAUCCAGUCGUUGUGAAUAAGAUACCUCAUCUUCCUGAUCCUGUAAAAGAAUUCAAGCAACUAAAUGGUAGGGUAGCUAGUGACGUUGUUCUCAAGAUUUUGAUGCAAAAGGUGAAGUCAAUGGAGCUCAACUUAUCAGGGUUGGAGGAGUUCAUCAAAGAAUUGAACAGAAGUCAAAGCGAGGCAAUACCAAAUCUUGAGAAAGAGCUGUCCAGAUUAUCAGAGUCCAUAGAGCAAAGCAAAUUAGAGAUCAAAGAUCUCUGGCAGCGAAACACAAUCGUGGAAAAAGAAGUAACUGAAGUUGAGUCAUGGAAAUAUGCUAUCUUAUCUCAGGUCAAUGCACUGGUCAGAGAAAAUAGCAUGCUAAGAUUAGAUGUUCAAAAAAUUGCAAGUGAUCAAGCAAAUCUGGAAACUAAAGAGCUUGCUGUACUAGCGGUGAGCCUCCUAUUUGUGUGCCUUGCAAUUUUCAGGAUAGUUUUGGUAGGAGCAUACAAUAAUGGUAAGGAACGCCAGACAAGUAGAGGUUGGGUUACGUUACUUGUUUGUUGCAGUGUAACCCUAUUCAUUAUCUUGUUUUAAAGCUAGUCUUUCGUUGUAGGAAUAGCUUCUAUAAUCACACAUCCUACUUCAGAACAAAUUAUUUAUUGGUCGCAAAAUACGUCAAAAGGAUAGGACAGCACACGAAAAUUGACCCUGCUGAACAUUUUGGUCACUGUUUCUCGCUACAACGAAAUGUGUUGUAUGAAAAUCGAAUUCAAUUUAGCUAAGAUAAAACAUUGCUUUUCCA